UCCAGAUUUCUUUAUUAUUGAUAAUGAAAUGUUUAUGAUAGUCAUUGAUUAUGAAGACUGAAAUCACAGAAUUGAAGCUUGAAUUAAAACAAUGGGAGCUAAAUUUUUUAAAAACGAACGGCCGGAAACCGACAAAAAAUGAUGCAGCUGAAAUUCCAGAAAUUAAAGACAAAUAUGCCAAAUUUGUCAACUUGAAAAGAGAUUUUCAAGAGCUUCAUCGUACAAAGCAUAAUGUGGAAUCGAAAGGGACUAAUGAGAAUUUAGAGAAGCCGUUAAAACCUGUUCAAAAUGAUAGCAGUAGAAAAAUAUUGUCUCCCAAAAAUAGUCAAGUGGAGAAUUCUUCUGUCAAGUUUAAAUCACCGUCCAAAAGUAGUAAAACUAGUUCCGUUUGGGGUGAAAAUUUAUUGAAGAAGAAUUUUGUUGCGUCAAAAACUAGUGAUUUUCAUGACAGUUCACCUAAAAAGGAAAUCAAUCACAAAGCUACAAACGCUUCCCCAGAAAACAAGGGUAAUAAUUGGAGAGACAAAAUGAGGAAAAAUAUUGGUUUGGGAUCGGCAAAACAUUUAGCAACCAACUUAAAAAGAAGAUCUAGAAUAACAAGUGCACUAAAUAGUACUCUUGGUUUGGAUGACUCUGUGGUAUCGACAGAUGAAACUGCCUCUGAUGGUAUAACUUCUGACAUAUCAUUUGGGAGCCAACUUAAGAUUGUAUCAAAAAGUGGUAAUUCAAAUUUUAAUUCACCGAAUACUUCAUUUAGAAAUAGUUCCCCGUUUGUUCCCAAGCCUCCGAAAAGUUUGUUAUCAAAGUCUAUCAAUAUGGAUUUCCUGCAAGACGAGGAUCUUUCUGAUUUGAAAAAUCUUCAGCAAGAAACUAAGGCUGACUCAAACAAGGAUACAGAAUUUAAACAAGCAUCUGAAACGAAUUUUAGUCACGAAAAUGAGGUUAGUGGUACUGAGGAAAAUUUUGAUAACGCGAAUGAAGAAAAUGUAGAACCAUUAAAGGAUGAAACAGAAAGUUUUAUAGAAGCCAACUUCAGAGAAAAGCCGAAGAAAACAAAUUUUUCUUUUUCAUCUGAUAACCAUUUUCCUACAAUUAAUUACGAUUCUGUUUGUUUGAACGCAGAAAAAAUAAUAGACGAAGUUAAAUUAACAGAAAAAGAAACUUCGGUUAGCGAUGAUGCGGAAUUGCCAGCGACAGACAAAGAAAAUGUCACAAAGGGAAGCACGAAAGUAAAAUCACAGUCUACUACUCGUGCAAUUCCGCAAACUAACUUUGUACUUUUGAAUAUGAAGAAGAAAUGUUACAGCAAAAGGGGAGGAGCUGGAAAUUUUUUGCGGAAACAAGUCCUGCGACAAAAACUUGCCAAAAAAGGAUAUUCAUAUAAGAGUGGAUGGAAGGGGCGCAGUGGUGGUUCUAGCUUUCGAAGUGGGGGAUCUAAAUGGAAAGGUGGGGGUGACGUGGGGUAUCGAGAUAGAACUGCUGAUAAGUGUUUCAAAUGUGGUGAGACCGGACAUUGGGCAAGUAAAUGCAGAGGUUUUAAAUCGCAACAAAAGAAAAUAGACCCAGAAGAAGAACAACAAAAUAAAGAAAGUUUAGAAGAAAUUAUUGAAAAUAUUGAUAUGUUAACAUCAGCUUUGAAAGGUGAAUCGAACAAUGAAAUGCUACAAAAAGCUACUGUGGGUUUGUGUGACCCUGUAUUAUUGAAUGAUGAGCCUAUCACUGAAAACAAUGAAGUAAUGGAAGCAUUAUUAAAAAUGUUCAAGUAUAAUUCUUUUCGCCCAGGACAAGAUGUUGCAAUUAGUAGAAUUUUAAGAGGUCUCCCGACUCUACUCGUUCUUUCUACGGGUUCGGGAAAGUCACUUUGUUAUCAACUACCUGCAUAUUUGUAUGCUAAGCAACGUAAUGCUAUUACUCUAGUUAUUUCCCCUUUAGUAUCUCUCAUGGAUGACCAAGUACGCGGUUUGCCUAAAAUGAUGAAAGCGACUCGAAUUCAUUCAGGGAUGAGCAAAGAACAAAGAAAUAAAGCAAUGCUAGAAGUUGAAAAUGGAAAUGUUCAUGUUCUUCUCGUCUCACCUGAAGCAAUCACCACAUGGGCUGGAAUGUCACCAAAAUAUAGCCCGCUGUCCAAGCUACCACCUGUUGCAUUUGCUUGUGUUGAUGAAUGUCAUUGCUUGUCUGAAUGGUCUCAUGCAUUCAGGCCGUCGUAUUUAAGAGUUUGUCAAGUUUUGCGUGAGCAACUGAAAGUAAAAUGUCUCGUUGGGUUGACUGCAACUGCUACUAUGGAUACAUGUGCAUCUGUGGCAAGACAGCUUGGAAUUACGGAUAUUGAUAAAGGUGUGAUAGCAAAAAUUGAUAUUCCUGAUAAUUUAGUUUUGUCGGUAUCACGUGACAGGUAUAAGGAUGAAGCAUUAUCGCAACUUCUACUUGGCGGACGCUUUUCGAAAUUGGAUUCUGUUAUUGUGUAUUGUACUAGACGGGAUGAAGCGUCAAGAAUAGCUGGCCUGUUGAGAGUUAAAAUGCAAGACAUGCCAGCUCUCGCUGUGGAGGAGCCUGAAUCUGAUCAAGAAGAAAGCGUAGAACAAGGAAGUAAUUCUAAGAAACGAAAAAGGACAAGUAAACCAAAGAAAAGUGCUAAAAGAAAAGCUGUAACUCUUGAUGCAGAAUGUUACCAUGCUGGUAUGUCCGCUAGCGAAAGACGUCGUAUACAAAAUAAAUUUAUGAGUGGUACUUUGCGUGUCGUUGUUGCGACUGUCGCAUUUGGAAUGGGGAUUGAUAAACAAGAUGUUCGAGCUGUAAUUCAUUACAAUAUGCCAAUGUCCUUUGAACGAUACGUACAAGAAGUGGGAAGAGCCGGCAGAGAUGGAAAACCAGCCCACUGUCAUCUUUUUCUUGAUGCGGAUGGCGGAGACUUGAGAGAACUCAGCAGGCAUUCCUAUGGGAAGACAAUUGAUCGGUACACAAUUAAAAAGUUUGUUAAAAAAGUGUUCCCAUUAUGUGACUGCGAAGAUGAAAUCGAUGAUGAUAUGGACAGCGACAUAGCCGAAGAAAAGCCGAAUACUUGCCAAGGACAUUUUUCUGCCAUUGAAAUUGAUUCUACUAUCGAAGACUUGGAUGUCAAAAAAGAAGGAUUAGAAACAUUAAUCUGUUAUUUAGAAAUUGAAAAUUUAAUUCAUGUCAAUCUACCUACUGAAACAAGAUGUACAAUGGAAUUUUAUGGAGGGCCAGGUCAAAUGAUAAGAACAGCAAAAAAAUGCGAUGCAGUCGCUGUAGCUUUGAAAAUUGCCAAGACGAAAGAAGAUGAAACCAAGGUUACGUUUAAUGCUAUGCGAGUUGCUGAUGAACUUAAUAUGGAUUUACCUUCUUUAAAAAGACUUCUUCGUUAUUUGACUUACGAUACUUCUCUUUCUUCAGUCGAAAGCGAAGUUGGAAAAAGCGGAGUUGAAGUCCAAUUCUCACAACUUUCUUUUUGUGUUCGAACAAAGCAAAAAACGACUUCUGAAUUUUUAGACGCAGUUACUGAUCUCUUGCUGAGAAGAAUUAUCUCACAAGAGAAUAAAGAACUCGUACAGCUAAGAAUGUGUUUCAAAACUAUGCAGAAAUUUUCACAUUCUAAUGUUGGUACCUGUCGAGACUUUGUUGAUCUAUCUAAAAGCACAGAGUUAAAAUCAUUGAUUUCUGAAUAUUUUAAAGAACAGCGACCAGUGAGACAUACUGAGGAAGAAUUACCACAAAUUGAUCCCAGAGAUGAGAAUGAAUUGCGUUGCCAUGUACGCCAGUUUCUACAUGUACAUGCAAACGACUUUGAACAUAGAGUCACAGGUCGUGCAAUUGCUCGUAUAUUUCAUGGUAUCGAUAGUCCGAGGUAUCCUGCUAAAAAUUGGGGGCCUGCUCGUAGAUUUUGGAGAUCAAAACUUCAGAUUAAUUUCAAUUUGAUUAGAAAGAUUGCAACAGAGGAGAUUGUUGGAACAGUUCGAUGAUAAGGUCAUUUUUUGUGUAUUAAUAAAAGAACUAAAAUAAUCCAAAAGUGUAAAUUAUACUUGGAUAAGCUAACAACUAACUUAUUGCUGUUUUUUCAAAAAUCGACUUGCAGUCAUUGUUAGAAAUGUAAUAUUACUAUUUCCUAUGUUAUUACUAUUCAAUCAUUGAAAUACUGAACUUUUUGCUUGAUAUAAGUGAAAAUAAGUUUCCACCAUUUUUUUCUAUUCAUUACUCAUACUGCCGAAAUAAAAAUUUAAAAAAAAUUUUGUACUUCACUGCCUUGUUAUUUCAAUAUGUUUCCAUUCACAUACAGAUUAUCACUGUUUUUCAAUUUCCUAUUUAAUUUUUAUCUACUUAAAAAGUUGCAAAAACAUGUUUUUGUCAAAAAAAAUUUUGUGCAUUUUCCAAUUUCUUGAUGGCCCUACUUCACUAUCAAGAGGUUGUCAAGUUUGUUAUUUAGUUUUUUUUUCUUGAAAAAAAUUUUUUCUUGAAAAAAAAAAAUGUUUCAAAUUUGCAUCUACUAGUUAGUUGCUCAGUGGUCUUAUAAUAACAAUGUGAUAUCUCGCAUCACGUUCACAAUAUGGUUUCGUUUACUCUUUAUCAAAUUAAUAUAUCGCUCGACCAUUUGGGAAUUAUAUAAUAUCUGAAAUUUAAUACUUGUACUGGUUGGUAUCACAUAAAACUGGUAAUAAUAGUCUUUAUUACAUCACAAUUAAGUUAUUCAUUCAUGCGUUGUUCUAAUGAUCUUCAAUUUGUAUGAUUGUCAUUAAUAUUCAAUGUUAAUUUUAUUGCUUCAUACUUCCUACUGCCUUAAUAGGAGAUGUGCUAUUUUUGUUCUGCCAACUUUCACACUAUUUACUUUUCCUAUUCUCUCAUUGUGUGCGGCUUUCCUCUAUCAUGAACAGCUGUAGCUUUGUUAGUCAUUUAUCGAUUCUAUUCAUGUCAAUCUAAUUACUUGUGACAAGCGUUGCUCAAAAGCUAGUUCUAGUUUGGUAGUUAGGUCUGUAGCAUUAACUGUUCUCGAAUAUAUUAUUAUAGACCAAAUUAUGUUAUGAGCCAGCUGAUCAGGAUUUUUCAAUCUAUAUAUAUAUGUGGCCAGGUUAUGAACAUCUUUGGACCAUACAUUUGCAUGUCUAACUGUUAAUUAACUGGGUGGGUAUUAAAAUUAUUUUUGGUGUAAUGCCAAUAAGGAGGUCUAAGAGAAUCUUUUACGUUUCAAACUAGUUUGAUUUUGUCAUGGAUCAAUAUACUAUAUAUGACAUUGGUAUUACAAUAAAUUUAUAUGAAAAUGUAUAUCUGGUAUCAUAAGGAUCCAGGUCUACUUUGAUACAAUAAUCCAUUCUAUUUUUAUAGACCUAUAGUUGUUUCAUGUGGUUAUUUCGGCUAUGUAUCUCGACUUUUUUUUCUCUAUCGAAUUUGUCUCUAAUUGUUAAUAUUAUGACUUUUCAAACUUUUCUUAUUCUGUUUACUGAUGUACUCGAUUUUUUUCACUGCCUUUUUCUUAGCUAG